ACGAGCCCCGCCUCCAGUUGCAAAAGCUUGUCUGUUAUAAAAUGGACGAGGAAGAGGUCUUCCUGUUGCUGGAGGGAUAUUUGAGGGAGAGAGGGUUCACGGAGACACUGAAGAGCCUUGAAAAGGAAAGUGGCAGACAUUUUAAAGAGAAGGAAGGACAUCAACUUGUACUUAAAACAGGUCAAUUGCAAGAGAUAUUAGAUGAUUUUGCUCAUAAAAGAAGAAUGGAAACUGAGAAAUCACUCUCCGUAGACCACCUGUUUGAGGAUGGUGAUGGUUCUUAUGCUGGUCUGUUGUGGAGUUCCUUGGACUAUCUAACAGAAGGUCACAAUGUCCUUGUAGUUCGACUAAUAGAAACUGGAGCGUUAGCUGUUGGGGGUUCAAAGGCUAUGCUAGUAUCGACCAGUAUCCCUCUGCCCCUCUCUUUGACCACACCUCCUCGUUCGGUUGUUUCUCAGACUCACAAGGUUUGCAAAGGUGCUGUUCUUUGCAUCGACUUUCAUCCAACGAAAAGAAACCUUGUCUUGUGUGGUAGCAUGGACCGGACUGCUUUUAUAUUGAACCUGUUCAAGAAAGAGGAGGAGGAGGAGGAACAAGAGGGUGGGGUCAUGGUUCAAUCAUUUACUGAUCACACAAAAUAUGUUGUACGGGCCCUGUGGUCUAGAACUGGUCAAUACUUUAUCACUGCUUCUUAUGACAAGACAGCCUGCCUUUAUAAUCUUCAGGGUGACUUGUAUCACAAAAAGAAAGUGUUCCAGUUCAAAGAUCCUGUAGAAGCUGUAGCUGUAUCUAAAUUGUCUGACGUGUUUGUUGUUGGAAUUAGAAAUGAUAAUCUCCUUCACAUCAUCGAUAUGACACUGGAUGAUCCUGUAGAAGUUCGACUGAUCAACAUGAAUGCUGUAGGAGAUGAUUAUGUCAGUUUCAAUCCAAUGCACAUUUCAUUCAGCCCGAGUGAAAGACACCUACUGAUAUCAACUGAUAAGGAUAGACUAAUACUCUACGACUGGUUGAGUGGUAAACUAGUGACUAAUCUUUAUGGGGCCACUAAUGAUGAGUUCAGUCAACCAAGACACUGCUGGCAUCCUAACGGACAAUAUGUGUAUGGGACGUCUCAAGAUAAGAGUAUUGUAGUUUGGGAGUUACGGAGUCAAAGGAUCGUCUCAAAAUUAACCGGCCAUGAAGGAAUAGUGAGGGACCUCCAUUAUUGCAAUGAGUUGGACUUGCUUGUGUCGUGCGGUUUCGAUGGGGCAGUUAAGUUAUGGAUAAAUAAAAGAAAAAUGGAAGAAUAAGAGAGAAUAAUAAUAAUAAUAAUAAUAAUAAUAAUAAUAAUAAUAAUAAUAAUGAUAUAAUAAUAAUAAUAAUCAUCAUAAUGAUAUAAUAAUAAUAUUGAUACAAUACUUCAUGAAUGGUAUACAAAUGGUUAAAUAUUCAA